UCCUUGCACCAGUCACCCGGCCAGCCCGCUGUGGCUCAAUAAGAUGGUUCACGCAGAGAACCGAACUACAAUAAGGGCUGACGGAGUUUAUCGUCGCCAAUGAAGCCACAGUUAGCAAUGAACAUGGGGAGAGUAGCUGGGCGAGAGUACAGCAGCUCAGUCAGAAAGGAAAGCUUCCGAACUGAAAAGUCUACCUCACGUAAGCUCCGAUCUACAAGGAUCUUUUCCUUUGUUUUACCCUCUACAUUAUCGUAAAAACAGAUGAUUCGAUGCACAUCCAGUUUGCUUCCAGUUAGCAAUGUGAGUUCACGCAUCGAAAAAUUUGGAUGCGCGAGUUUCAAUCAGAGGAGAUUGAGCACCACCCGCAGAGUGCCUCGCUAAGAAAAUCUCUAUAAUAAAGUUGGGCCCGCUUUUAAGUAAAUCAUGGAUUCUGGUAGUCCGCUAUUAAAAGCGGUAGCUAUUCUCGAAAAGGACUCGAACAACGAUAUUCUAUGGAGCUGGGUCUUCCCUUCACUAGAAAAAUCGGAAAGGUCUUCGGUACAAGCAAAAGUUUCCUUUGAGGCUGGUGAAUUUCUAGUGGUACAUCUCGACUCAGAGGCGUGGUUUUAUACGCUGUCGCAGCCUGGAUCCUCGUCUUCGGGACCUCUUCAGUUCGUUCUCUCAGCUGCUAUCGUGCUAAAGACAGACGAAUUUCAUCCGGAAAAAUACAUCCGAGUUUUAACCGCUCUGUCGGAGGCAUAUCUGGAUUCAGGCUCGCCUCCGGAUGUCCUCCGAGUGUAUUUGUCUGCCCAAGCGGAGAAGCUGAUCAAACAGGGUGACGUAACCUUGAGUUUACAGACAUUCUCAGAUCCUGCCGAAAGCGUUCCAAUUAAAGAACUGGUACAAUGCCUGCAGUUGGAGACCAUCCUUAUCUACACUGCACUUUUAUUGCGGCUUCGAGUUAUCGUCUACCAUCAUUCGCCGGGAGCUCUUCGCGGAGCACUCUCUGCAAUGGCUGCAUUGAUGGCCCAUAGAGACUGUCCGUUUACUGAUAUGUACCCGUUGCUCUGUAAUUCCGAACAUGAUAUGCAAUUGCUUAAAGGUAAAACAUCGUACCUAGCAGGCUUCACAGAUGCGUCCGUCGCCGCGCAUCAAGAUCUUCGCGAUUUAUGGGUGUCGUUGCCUUCAGCUGAGGUUGUGAUUACCCCAUCAGCAAAAGAAGCUCUGGCACGGUGUAAAACUCAUAAAGACAUCGCUCUUUUCCUUAUUAGGUGCGCCGAGAACGGACAAUAUUCUGACAAGGAUGUAGUAAAGGAAAUUUCGGCGAAGACCCGUUCACUCAUAAGUACCAUCGGCAAAAUAGUGCACGAAAAUGCAUCACUAACGGCGGACAAAGCAAUACAAAUAGCAAAUCUCCCACCUGCAAUGGAAUCCUUCUACCGAGCCGUGGCUCGUGUAGAAAGAAUACAUAAUUAAAUUUCCAUCUACAGUAGUUGAGCAUACAGAUCGGUGAAUGAAGCCGUUAACCUCACAUAUUUGUGUACCUGAGGCGGUAGUUGCCACUAAUAAAUUAUUUAUGUCGCUGGUGCCCUAUUGUGGUGAACACAUACUUUAUCGUGCCAUUAUGUUCUGACUACUUCAAUUAAAAACCCCACGAAUUCCCUAUUGUUGCGCGUAUGCAUAAUACAGAUUCUAAUAGGAUGAGGUAUAUCUAGAAAACAUAUUAUUGAAGCUUUUCGUUUAAGUACGAUGAGUUCACUUCGCUUGGUAGAAAUCUACGGGGAUUAUACUCGAUUUUUUGUGAGUCUUUUUGUCCUUGUAGUAACAUGUUUUAAUUAAUAACGUUCCUAUUGUAUGUAGGGGCUCACCGAUAAAUUAUACAUCGUAUGACAGCUAUGAAAAGGAAGAUGCUUGUGCGUUUAGUGCAGUCAAAAAAACAAAAAAAAAGCAUACAACUGUUACACAGUACAAUACCACAGGCAAAGUAUUGUGUAUAUACAGAAUAAUAAACCAAAAGCAUUCAAACAUAAGCUGCUGUAUUUGUUGCUAACCAAAAAGAAAUACAUCGUUCUCGGUUCGAGCACCAGCGAUCGAAAUUUGUGCAAAUCCGUAUUGCUAAGUUCGUCUCGGUCCUAACAAUUAGUCCCCAUUCUAAAAUUGCAGAAGCAUUGGCGUGGAGAAAUUUCACUACUGGCAGGAAUUCUGUUACAUUAUUACAACUUUCUCGAAGUCAAGACGUCCUGUAAAUGUAAUAGGACCCAUGCCCUUUACUAGAUACACGUAAGCCACAAAAGUGAGCUG